UACGUAUACAUGCACACGGAAAAAAAAUAACGACAAUAAAUUCAAAUAUUCCCGCGUGUAUAAAUUUUCGUUCAGUCUACAUUGGUUUUUUGAAGAGAAAAGUUCACUUCGCAAAAGUUUUUUUUCAUUUUCAUAUCUUUAAAAAAUUAAUUAAUUACACUGUUUCUGUGGCAUUUCUGUGCAAAUUUACAUAUUAAUAAUUAAAAUAACGAGCUAGAGCAUCAAUUAGUUGUAUUAUAAACAGUCAAAACGGAUUCUAGAUAGAAAUAUCAUAACUUUAAAAUUAAAUAUGGGCGGUUCAAAAAUGUUACAAUUAGAUACAGUGAUCUCCAAUAUGAUAAAGACAUCAAGCAAUCAUGAACAGCGAGUGAGACGGUUUAUGACAACUCGAGAAGAAGCAGUUAAUCGAUGCCUAAAUUCUUUAAUUCAUACUUUAAGCUGCCGGGACGGUGACUCGUGCAAAGCUCAUGGAUGCAUGAAAAUGAAGCGGGUUGUCGAGCAUACAAAGACAUGCCCAAGGAAGAAUAACAACUUUCGUGGAUGUUCAAUUUGUACACAAUUGAUGAAUUUGUGCUUCUAUCAUUCGAAAAUAUGUCGUGCACACGUCUGUCAUGUACCAUUCUGUCGUAUCAUGAAGAAAAAAUUGCAAGCUUUGAAUGAACUCUAUGCUCAGAAGCAAAGUAUUCAAUCCAUGAAGCCUGUUUAUCAAUUUCCAAUACCUCCAAUUCACCCGCCUGUUUUAAAACAAUCAUCAUCAUCGUCCUUGUCAUCAAUUAAUGAUGGACCUGAUAUGAUUGAACCGCAACCAAAGAGAAUGAGAUUGGAUGACAGUGAAAGCUCAUCAUCAUCAUUCAGCGAUCAUAGUAAUAUUGAAGCUCAAAACUCUAAUUUUAAUUUUAAUAAUGUAUGUAAUUUGUUACAAGAGCCACAGGCAGCCGUUUAAGCAAAGCAUUUUCUGAAAAUGAUAAAGAAAAAAAAAAUCUUCCAAGAAAAACUUUUUCCAUUACACACUUUUCUUUUUCAAAUCCAAGUCAACAAAAAUCUAUAACUAUAACUAUAAAAAAAAUGGAAAUACAGAAAAAAAAUUGUAAAACUCUCCUCAGUAACUGUUUAGUGUUUAAAAACAAGGAAGAACAUCUAGAACUUACUAUAAUUUUUAAAUGGCAUCAAAUUGUGAGUGAAUAUCACUCUAAAUUUUGUUGAGAUUUAAUGAUUCAGAAUCACUGUGAUGUCAUUUAAGGUUUAAAUACUUUAAAAACUUUAUUUACUAUAAUUUAGAAUAAUUAAAUUAAAUUCCAUUCAUCAAAAGAUUUUGAAGCAAUCCACACGAAGAAAUUUAAAAUUUUUCGAGUUUUUUUAUGAAAUUUUAAUCAUUUCCACAUCUGGUUUUUGUUAAAAGCACGAACCAAUAACUUUAUAAAAUACAGAAAACUCGCUUAUUGUGGAUUUUCCUUUCUAAAUGCCAUCAGAACUUUGUAAUAGGAUUAAAAUAAAAAGAUAUGAAAUUUUGGAUAAAUGUAAUUAACUUUUUAACUUUUAAGAAAUUUUGUAGACCAUUUCGUUGUUG